AUGAAGUUAUAUGUAAUAUUAUUCACUCUUGUCCUUCUUAUUGGUUUCUGUACAUCUACUGAUCAACUUCUUGCUCGUACAUCUCUUCAAGACUAUGUUGAUAGCUUUGUACAUGAUGGUAAAGUUAAACUUCUUGGUCAUAGAGUGAAGCUUAAUAACUCAGUUAUCCGUCAAAUUUGGUCAUUUUUUAAAGCAAAAUAUCAUUGUUUAUAUCCAUCAGAUGGAGAAGAAAAAUCACGUCUUAGACUAUUUAUCAAACAUCUAAAAUAUGUAAUAUUAUCAAAUUUUCAAGAAUCAAAUACAUAUCAAUUAACAUUGAAUCGAUUUUCUGAUUGGACAUUAGCAGAAUUCAGAACAUACAAAACUGGUGCCAAGGUUCCAUCUCAUUUACAACGACGUACAAUGGAUGAUGAACUAGAUGAAGAUGCAUUACAAAUUAGUUCAGCAAAGCUUCAUCAACGCCAUUAUGAAGCAAAAAGAUUAAGACAAAAUUUACGAAAACAUCGAUAUCAAGAUAAACGAUUCGGGGAUGACUGGUUUUACAAAUAUUUUAAUAGAAAUAGUGCUAAUACUAAACCAAAUAAUACAGUUGAUUGGCGAACAAAAAAUGUUGUAAGUUCUGUUAAAAAUCAAGGUGAUUGUGCCUCUUGUUAUGUAUUUGCUGCCACUGCAGUUCUAGAAUCACUCUAUGCUAUAAAAACAAAAUCUGACAAAGUUAUUGAAUUUAGUCCACAACAAAUAGUUAAUUGUUCAAAAGAGAAUGGUUGUAAUAAAAUAGCUACAGAUGCUUCUUAUCCUUAUAAUUACACCGAAGAAUCAUGUCAAAUAAAUGGUAUUAACGAAAUUGAUCUAGGUGAAGUUCAACUUGAAACAAUUCCUGUAGACGAUGAAGAAAAACUAGCUGAAGCAGUUACUAAUAAUGGACCAAUAUAUCUUGGAAUAAACUCAAAUUUCCUAGAAUCUUAA